AUGGCUUUCUGCGUUGUUAUUACCCCCAAGGUUCGUGCCGACAAGAAGGAGGAGUUCCUCGCGGCCUGGCCCAAAGUCAAGGAGGAAAUUUCCAAGCAACCUGGCGUCGUUCGCGUGGCCGGUGGUCAAGUUGUCAACGAGAGCGGGACGCCCGUGACCGAGUUCAAGUAUAUCCAAACCAUAGUUUUCAACUCAGAAGCGGAUGAGAAGGCUUUCGCCGAGUCAGCGUGGGUAAAGGAUCAUAAAGCCGAAAGCGAGAAAUUUUGUGACGGUCCGCCACGCAUCGCCAAGUUCGAGACCGGCCCCCUUCACGACGAGAAAUCCAAGGCCUUUGCGCAGUUCGCAUUCCUCAAUAUAACAGACGAGAGCAAGCAUGAGGAGGCGAAGCAAGCGUGGCAGGAUCUCGCUGCAGCCCUUGGACAGACCCCAAAGUUCGGUGGAAGGGGUAUAGGUGACGAGCAGAGUACUGGAAUGGGUGUUCUGGGCUGGGAUAGCGAAGACGAAGCCGGAGCGGCGUAUACUAAACCGGAGGCCCAAGCUGCUUUGCAAAAGUACAAGAGCUUUGGAAAAGACGUGGCAGUCUUGGUCAAGCUGGAGGCAUGA